AUGGAUCAAAUACGACACAAAUAUCUGCAAUUGUUGUAUUCAAAGUAUUCUCGGUUUUUUGGAAUGAUGGCCAAUUUGGACGAUGCAAAGGUUCAGAAACGAUUAAGAUUACAAUUACUAGAAUGUUUUGAUGUUCUUCCUAUUUAUGGCUUCAGUAGCUCAUCAUAUGACAUUAACAUCAUCAAGAAAUACCCUCCACAAGUCUUGAAACACUCUAAAAACAUGGAAAUAAAGUGUCACAAAUCAGAAGAUAUCAAUCCUUUAACUGGAGAUACGAUGAACAUAUUGUAUGAAAAGACAGCAAAUAAGGAAUCAGCUCUCAAACAAUGGGAUAUACCACAAGAUCAAUUUGGGGUUUUCUUAAAACACUCACAUAUUCCAUCCAAAAAGUGGUUUUACAACAAUCUAAAGGGAGAAUCAGUUUCAUCAAACGAUUAUAAUGAAAUGGUAUUCACUCACACCAACCUGUAUGAUUUGCUGGACGACUACAACAAUUUGGAUGCGAAGCCAGGUGUAGAAGCGACAAAGAAACUGGGUAAUUUCUUUCAGUCGUUGAAUCUUGAUAUCCACAAAGACGGCAUCUUUGUUCCUAGACUCACUCUGAAAUAUCUCUGGCACACAAAAAGCAAAGACUGCGAGUUUCAGUUAUUCAAAGGGAAUGACGAAUUGUACCACAAAUACAGAGAUAAUCUGGUUGGUGGUCCAAAUAUGCCGUGUGGUGAGCACCAAGUAGUUCAAGUCUAUCCCGAUAUUCUGAAAGAUGUCUUGGAUAACACGUUCUUUGGAAUGAUAGAAUGUGAUAUUGCUGUUCCUGAGCAUUUAAAGGAAUACUUUGCUGAAAUGCCUCCCAUAUUCAAGAAUGUUGAGAUUACAUGCAAUGAUUUAAGCUUUGACACAGGCACAUGCCAAACCAGAUUACAAAAAGUCCGAGAUACAAGUCCUGGUUAUAAAUUACGUGGAGAAAUGAUGAAAUUGAUGGGAAAUUCAUCUUAUGGUAAAUGCAUCACAGAUUUCUUGAAGCACGAGACAGUCAAGAUUGUUACUGGAGAUAACUACAUCAAAAACAUCAGAAGGAAUAAUUACAUUGAACAUCAAGACCUUAACCAAGGAUGCGAGUUUCGUUUCAAAAAGAUGUCGUUCAAACAAAGUUUACCUAUUCACAUUAGAUUUCAAGUGUAUCAAUUAGCGAAACUACGAAUGCUUCAAUUUUAUCACGACUCUAUUGAUUAUUCCAUUGACAAAAGUGAUUAUCAGUACUGUAUGAUGGACACUGAUUCUGCUUACAUUGCUAUAUCUGAUGAAUCGUUAGAAGUCAUAAAACCAAGCUUAAAAGAUGAAUUUAAAAAGAAUCGGCAUCUGUGGUUGGAAAGAGACGAUACCAUUGAAAAUAAGGUGUAUGACAGCAGAACACCGGGUCUGUUCAAGUUGGAAUAUGAAGGAAACUGUAUUAUAUCAUUGGCCAUUCAAAAGGGAAUUAACAAGAAACAAAAUGAAAUCACAAAACAAAAGUAUGUGGAUGCUUUAAAAGUUAAUGGAACAGUUAACUACAAAGACUAUCUACAAUGCGCCAAGAAUUGGGAUUUAUAUUCGGAACAACAACAAGAACAAUUGAAAAAAUGGUAUAGAAAUUACUAUACUCAAAACAAGGAGUCCAAACGACUGAGAUAUCGCAAUAACUACGCUAAUAAUUCAGAUAUCGAAAGAGGACGAUUACAAAAGUACAAAAAAGCCUAA